AUGCCUGGUGCAGACAGAAGACCCAAGACCUUGUAUGACAAGGUCUUUGAGGACCAUAUUGUGAACGAGCAGGAUGAUGGCACAAUCCUUAUAUAUAUUGACCGUCAUUUGGUUCACGAAGUCACAUCUCCACAAGCCUUUGAAGGAUUAACCAAUGCCGGACGAAAAGUCCGUCGGCCAGAUUGCACUUUGUCUACAGUUGACCACAACAUCCCCACCACCUCGAGAAAAACGUUCAAAAAUGCCGAGACCUUCGUUAAAGAGACCGACUCGCGCCUCCAAGUCAUGACACUCGAAGAAAAUGUGAAGAAGUUCGGCUUGACAUAUUUUGGCAUGGACGACGACCGCCAAGGUAUCGUGCAUAUCAUUGGACCUGAGCAAGGAUUCACACUCCCCGGUACAACCGUUGUUUGCGGUGACAGUCACACUUCAACCCACGGUGCCUUUGGUGCUUUGGCUUUUGGUAUCGGUACUAGUGAAGUCGAGCAUGUGCUCGCUACUCAAACACUCCUGACCAAGCGCAGCAAGAACAUGCGUAUCCAGGUUGAUGGCGAGCUCUACCCUGGCGUCAGCAGUAAGGACGUUGUCCUCCACAUCAUUGGAGUCAUUGGUACCGCCGGUGGUACUGGAUGCGUCAUUGAAUUCUGUGGUUCAGUCAUUCGUGCCUUGAGUAUGGAGGCUCGUAUGUCCAUCUGCAACAUGUCCAUCGAGGCUGGCGCUCGUGCUGGUAUGGUAGCUCCCGAUGAGAUCACUUUCGAAUACCUCAAGGGUCGCCCUCUAGCACCCAAAUACGGAUCUGCAGAAUGGAAGAAGGCUGUCAACUACUGGUCUAGCCUCCGGUCUGACGAAGGUGCCAAAUACGAUUCCGAAGUCUUCAUUGAUGCAAAGGACAUCAUCCCUACUGUAUCCUGGGGCACAUCGCCACAAGAUGUGUUGCCAAUCACUGGUGUCGUUCCUUCCCCAGACGAUUUCGAAGAUGAAGUGCGCAAGCUCAGCUGCAAGCGUGCUCUUGAAUAUAUGGGUCUUACUUCUGGAACACCACUCAAAGAGAUUCCAGUCGACAAGGUCUUUAUCGGCUCAUGCACCAAUGCUCGUAUUGAGGAUUUGCGAUCUGCCGCCAAGGUUGUCGAAGGCCGCAAAAUUGCGUCGAAUAUCAAAGCCGCUAUGAUCGUGCCCGGUUCCGGUCUUGUCAAAAAGCAUGCCGAGGCCGAAGGUCUUGACAAGAUUUUCAUUGAUGCCGGUUUCGAAUGGCGUGAAGCUGGUUGCUCUAUGUGCUUGGGCAUGAACCCUGAUAUUCUGUCCCCACGUGAACGGUGCGCCAGUACAUCCAACCGUAACUUUGAGGGACGACAGGGUGCUCAUGGCCGAACCCACUUGAUGUCGCCUACUAUGGCUGCUGCGGCUGCUAUUGCUGGAAAACUCGCCGAUGUACGAGACUUGGUGCAACCGGAAGUUUCUAGCCAAAAGGCGGCUGCUCCCAUCACUAUUCAGCCUGAGAUUGAGGAGGUGGAUACCGAGAGCGAUCUUGAGCGCAUCCUUGACAUUCCCGAAGAUAACGAACCUCAUGCCAACACUACCGCCGCUGGCUCCAGCGCUGGUCUUCCUAAAUUCACUGUCCUCAAGGGUAUCGCUGCCCCGAUGGACCGUGCCAAUAUCGACACCGACGCUAUCAUCCCCAAACAAUUCUUGAAGACAAUCAAGCGAACAGGUCUUGGAAGCGCGCUCUUCUACGAAUGGCGCUUCAACACCGAAACUGGUGCUGAGCUUCCAGAGUUUGUCCUCAACAAUGAACCGUACAGAAAUUCCAAGAUCCUCGUUGUAACAGGCCCCAACUUUGGUUGUGGUAGCUCCCGUGAGCACGCACCUUGGGCUUUGUUGGACUUUGGAAUCAAGGUCAUCAUCGCCCCUUCAUUCGCCGAUAUCUUCUUCAACAACACAUUCAAAAACGGCAUGUUGCCCAUCCCCAUCACCGACGAAGCAGCCUUGCAAAAGAUUGCCGCUGAGGCUCGUGCUGGUAAAGAAGUCGAAGUCGACCUCCCCAACCAGGUUAUUCGCGAUGCCGAAGGUAACGAAUUGGCUCACUUUGAAGUCGACGCUUUCCGCAAGCACUGCUUGGUCAAUGGCCUCGACGACAUUGGUCUUACCCUCCAGAUGGAAGACAAGAUUCGCAGCUUUGAGACUAAGCGUACCAUCGACACUCCCUGGUUGGAUGGAACCGGUUACCUCAAGCGCGAUCGCCGCGGGCCCACCAAAAUUGAAGCUGCUCCGGUUCCCAAGACGAAUCGUGGAGAUGUCAAGACGGAGCCACUUGAGUGGUAA